AUGACGAUGUCGUCGCCGGCGUCCACCCACCUCCUCCGCCCCGCGCCCGCGGCGCCCCUGCUCCCUCGCCGCGCCUCCGUGCAGCUCUCCCGCGUCGCCGGCGGAGCUGCGCCAAGGAGCAGGAGACGGAGCGGCCGCCUGGCGGUGGUCCGCGCGGCCACCGCGGAGGUGGCCGAGGCCGCCGGCGCCCCCGCCUACACCACCGAGUCCCUCAUCCUAUACUUCAAGGCCGAGGGCACCAUGGAGGAGAGGGCUGUUCCCAAGAUCACCCAGGCCCUCGAGGGGAUGGAUGGCGUCACUGACCUGGAGGUGCUUAUCGAAGAAGGCAUCGGAAGUGUUGUGCCACAUUGUACCAUGAGAAGUGUACUCUGCAAGCACAAGAAAAGACUGCCUUACAAGCAGAGAGAGCAUUAUCGUCAGAUAUUAACGAAGGCGACAACAGUCCAAGCUACCGGGGUCGCCUCAAACCUGGUGGAAGCCAUCCAGGGAGUUGGUUUCAAGCUGCAAACUCUGAGCCUCAGCUUCGAGGACUUUGACAAGGCGGACGCUGCUGCUGCAGUCACAGGAGAAGGAGCAGACGUCCAAGCCAGCGAGUGA